UUUAUGACAACUUUUUCAUAGCAACAAAAAUAACAUUUUUUCAAAUGUUGAAAAGAUUUCUUGCUUGCAUCAGCUUUUACUACAACGUUUUAUGUUGGGUAGAUAUAAAAAGCUUUUCUGAUUUGGAUACUUCAUUUGCAACUACAAACAUAAGAGUUCGGAGAUCAACUAUUACUUAUGCUGAUAAUACAACUUAUCAUUGCAACACGACUGAUUUACCUCAGCCUACACUAGAAUAUCCUGCUGUUUUAUUUGCUAAUUUUAAUUAUAAUAACUGCUCUUCUAAUGGCAGUUUCAUGAGGUUAAGACCAAAUGACUUCUUGAAUUGGGGAAAAAAUACUGGCGGAGAAGUGAGAACGCGCUCGUUUACAUGGUCAUCCAUGUUAGUUUUGCCAGGUGCUGAGGUAACCUUUCAGGCAUGUUGUCCAAGUGGUAAUGAAUUUGUUAAAACUGUUUAUGAUUGGAUAGAUUCUCCUAAUAUGAAUUUAUCAGUGUUUUAUCAUCCUGAACUGAGUGGAAAUACUGGAAUUUGGUACACAAGGUGGCUACAUUGGGCAAUGUCAUUCGAUAUUAAGGUUAAUUUACCGCCAACACCACCUCCACCUUUUGUAUGUGGUUUGUGUUACUAUGGAAAUUGUGGUCUUACAGGUAAAUGUGAAUGUGCUGAUGGAUAUAGUGGACCAAGUUGCCUUAAUAAGCCAUCGAGUGCUGCUUAUCCGACUCAAUUGAAACCAUUGGUUCUUUUUGAAGGUACUAAUUAUAAUGGAGGUUUUGUACUAGGAGAUCCCGACAAUUUUUAUCAGUUUGCCUCCAAUUUACGUGGCGCACGUGUAAAUACUUACCAAUCUAUGCGUAUCUUAUAUAACCGUUCUGUUACGUUUUCUCAAAAUAAAAUAAGGAGUGCUGAAUGGAUUGUUGGAAACAACAUUCCGAAUAUUGCAGAUUUUAUGGCUGCAAAUAAUGCUUUGGCAGAUCCUAUCUGGUUUAACUUUGACCAAAGUAUUUCUUUAAAUUUUUACGUAAAAGUUGCAGGAAAUUCUAAUUGUGAUAAUUGUAGUUUAUUAGGUGGUGUGUGUUACACAGGCAGCUGCGUUUGUCUACCAAAAUAUUCUGGAUUGAACUGCGAGAUAUUUAACUAAAAUCCUGACAUUAAAAGUGCUUGUAACAGCAAGUUUCAUUUUGUAAAUAAACUGUCGACAAACUUUCUGUCGAAAACAAAUAUCGAUAUAAACUUGGUGAAGAGUUUUUAAUUUGUGUAUUUAUUUAUAUUAACUAAAUUUACUUUAUAAAUUUUUUAAAUUAUAUUAGUUUUGUGAGAAUAUUUAUAUCAAAUUUAUAGGUGAAUUGAUAUUAAGUUUGUAACUGUUUUAUAAAAUGAAAUACUUUAAAAAGCA